AUGCAGUCAUUAUCGCAUUUAACUGAGACUGACAAAGAAAUUCUGCAGAACUCAUGGAAAGUUGUCUCCAGGGACAUGCAGGGCAUAGCGGAAGAUAUCUUUCAAAUGAUCUUUGAGCAAGCUCCUGAUGCCAAACUCCUGUUUUCCUUCAUGCUGAAAGAAUCAGCCAAUGACGAUAAGAAGUCCAAUGAGUUUUCAUUCCAUGCUCUCCGUUUCAUUCAAGUCAUAGAAAGCACAAUGAAUCAUAUUGAUGAUCCUUUAUCCCUCGAUACAUUGUUUCUCAAUUUAGGAAAGAUUCAUGCUCGACACGAGGAACAUUUGGGAUUUAGCUCGCAUUAUUGGUCAGUUUUUAAAGAAUGUGUUCUGUUCCAUUUCCGGAAGGCAAUGCAGGCAGACAAAAUGAAAAACAAACCAGUGAAAAGAUCUUCCAAACGUGUUAGUAUUAAAUCAACAGCUGAAAUAGAUUCUGCUAUAAUAUUAUGGAGAGAAAUGCUUCGAUUCAUAAUUAGCAAAAUGAAAAUAGGAUUGGAGUCUAACGGACUUAUUCGCAAAGCUAACCGCAUUGAAGUUAUAAACUGUUUGGCUGAUAGUAAUCAAGGGUCACCAGACAUCAAACAAGGAGUAUCUCAAAUAUCACAAGCCUUACGCCGUACCGAGCUCAGUGUCAUUGUUCCUGACUACUUUAUUCGCAGAAAAUCUGCAGAAAUAUCUCCGGAAAGAAUGGAUAAUAAAUAA